UUCCGCCGGCCUGGAAUAUCUCCGCCCUUCCCGCCUCCCUUCUUCGAGCGUCUUAAACACAGGCCUCCGGCCUGCAGCUCUGAGGAUACUUGGGGGGCGGGGUGCAGGUCUGAUGAGUAACCCCUCCCCCCAGGUCCCAGAGGGGGAAGCCUCUACAUCUGUCUACCGGCCCAAAAGUUCCAUGGCCUCCACUUCCCGCCGCCAACGCAGAGAGCGUCGCUUCCGUCGUUACUUGUCUGCAGGACGGCUGGUCCGGGCCCAGGCCCUCCUCCAGAGACACCCGGGCCUUGAUGUAGAUGCUGGGCAACCCCCACCACUGCACCGGGCCUGUGCCCGCCACGAUGCCCCUGCCCUGUGCCUGCUGCUUCGACUUGGGGCAGACCCUGCCCACCAGGACCGCCACGGGGACACAGCGCUGCAUGCUGCCGCCCGCCAGGGCCCUGAUGCCUACACAGACUUCUUCCUGCCACUGCUGAGUCGCUGUCCCUCUGCCAUGGGAAUAAAGAACAAGGAUGGGGAGACCCCGGGGCAAAUUCUAGGUUGGGGACCUCCCUGGGAUUCUGCUGAAGAGGAGGAAGAAGAUGAGGCUUCCAAGGAGCAGGAAUGGAGGCAGAAGCUGCAAGGCGAGCUGGAGGACGAGUGGCAGGAGGUCAUUGGGAGAUUUGAAGAUGACGCUUCCCGUGAGGCCCAGGAACCUGAAUCCUUCUCAGCCUGGUCAGAGCGCUUGGCCCGGGAACAUGCCCAGAAGCACCAGCAGCAGCAGCGGGAAGCAGAGAGAUCCGGCAGACCCUCACGGGCUGAGGGCUCCAGUCACAACUGGCGACAGCAGGAGGAAGAGCAGCGGCUCUUCCAAGAGCGAUCCCAGGCCAAAGAGGAAGAACUGCAUGAAAGCCGAUCCAGGAGGGCCCAGGAGGCUCAAGGGGACCAAGGGCCAGAGCCAGCCAGGGCUGGGCCUAGGGCAGAGCACCCCAGAGGGGCUGGAAGGGGCAGCCUCUGGCGCUUUGGUGAUGUGCCCUGGCCCUGCCCUGGGGGAGGAGACCCAGAGGCCAUGGCUGCAGCCCUUGUGGCCAGGGGCCCUCCCUUGGAGGAACAGGGUGCUCUGAGGAGGUACUUGAGGGUCCAGCAGGUCCGCUGGCACCCUGACCGCUUCCUGCAGCGAUUUCGAAGCCAGAUUGAGACCUGGGAGCUGGGCCGUGUAAUGGGAGCUGUGACAGCCCUUUCUCAGGCCCUGAAUCGCCAUGCAGAGGCCCUCAAGUGACCCUAGGGAAAGAGCGAGAAACUGGGAUGCAGCCUCAGGGGCAGGUAGAAGGAAGGGUGAGGACAGGUGGAGAUAACGAGGAAGAGUCAGAUGCUGCAUGGCAGAGGAUGAGGGGUGGGAGCAGAACUUGUAACGAGCAGGGUUGGCGGGAUAAGGGCCACCAACAUUGCUCCUUGAUUCUGCCAUUUCCUAAUAAGACCUGGUUCCACAUUUCA